AUGCCCACUCUCCUCUCCAGCAAAAUCGCCUUCAUAGGCGGCGGCAACAUGGCGUCAGCCAUAAUCGGCGGCCUCAUCUCAAAAGGUGUGCCAACCUCAAACAUAAUAGUCUCGGAGCCAUGGGACGUGAACCGCGCAAAGCUCUCGGCAACCGGCAUCCCAACAACAACGGACAACGCGUCCGCGGCAUCGAGCGCCGACAUCGUCAUCAUCGCCGUAAAACCGCAGGUAGCACACGACGUAUGCACUGAGCUUGGCGCAUCAUGGACAUCGCGGGCUUCGCUGCCGAUCCUCGUUAGCAUUGCGGCUGGUAUCACACUUGCUAGUUUGCAGGAGUGGUCGCGGACGACAGACGGACGUGGCGCGCAUGUUGUGCGUGUUAUGCCUAACACUCCUGCGCUUGUCGGUGAGGGGGCUUCGGGUGCUUAUGCUAGUGCGGACGUGAACGGAGAUGAGAAGGAGCUUGUUAAUGCACUUUUGAGUAGUGUUAGUCAGGCUACAGAGUGGGUUGAUCGGGAGGAGUUGCUUGAUGUUGUGACUGGACUUUCUGGCUCUGGUCCCGCUUACUUCUUCGCUAUGGUCGAGCACCUUAUUGCUAGUGCUACUGCGCUGGGUCUGCCAAAGGACCAGGCUACCCGACUCGCUACGCAGACUUGUCUCGGUGCUGGCAAGAUGCUUGUCGAGUCGUCUGAUGAACCGGGCCAGUUGCGGAAGAACGUCACUAGCCCGAACGGCACUACCUAUGCGGCUCUGCAAACCUUUGAGAAACUUGGGUUUGAAGGUAUUGUUGAUAAGGCUGUACAGGCGGCUACGUCGCGUUCUGCAGAGCUGGGCGCAAAGUAA